UGCACCUCGUUGUUCAAUUCAAACUGAAAAGCAAUGAGGAAAACUUGUACAUUCUGUUGAUUAAAACGGAAUAUCUUAUUUUACAUUGCUAGAUUUUGUUACUUUAAAAGGUGUUAUAGAAGAAUUUGCGAACUUUCAUUCCUGAAUUACACAUCUUGCCAAGUGUGAGCUGCUUUUAGUUCAAGGCGUUUUUUUUAAGGGACUUUUAAUAGAGAACUUGAAAUAUGGGACAACAGUUCAACAUUGUGGUCGGCUGGGUCUAACUGUUCAGUGGCAAGUUCAGUUGUUUGGCUGCUACCCUCCUGGACCCUUUGCGUCAAACGCUUUCCUGUUUUGUACUGUUUAUCAGCUGAGUGCAUCUUUUCAUCCCCACCCAGUCUCACGAUUUAGUUGACUUUGAUAUGACUGGGACAGCGACAGACAUAAGUCUGGGACGUGUGUGCCUACUUUCUCAGAAGUAACAAGGUACUGAGAGGACCCCGCCGCUUUUCAUUGUUUAGAAUCGAGGAAAGGGUAUCCUGUUCUCACGAUCUCGUUUCUCUGAACUAUUUGUUGCAUUUUCUACUAAAAGGCGAUGCCUCUGGUCUGACUCUCCCGCGGUCGCCGCGCCACCUGGUGGGCACUCGCGUCGCAGCCAGUCGGGAAAAGGCGGGAAAAGCAAACACGAUGGGUGCAGAAGGCGGGCGCCGAGUGCUGAUCCCCAGCCCCAGUGACACCGACCAGGAAAUCAUUCUGCAGCACUACAACCACACGGGCAAGCUGCCGACCAUCUCAGGGGAGGGAAGCUUGGAGAGCAACCUGCGGGUCACGUCCGUCCUCUUCAUCGUGGUGUGCUGCUUCAUCAUCCUGGAGAACCUGAUGGUGCUGCUGGCCAUCUGGCAGACCAAGAAGUUCCACCGCGCCAUGUACUACUUCAUCGGCAACCUGGCGCUCUCCGACCUGCUGGCCGGCGCCGCCUACAUCGUCAACAUCCUGCUGUCAGGCUCCAACACCUUCCGCCUGACGCUGGCGCAGUGGUUCGUGCGGGAGGGCAGCAUGUUCGUGGCGCUGGCCGCCUCCGUGCUCAGCCUGCUGGCCAUCGCCAUCGAGCGGUACCUUACCAUGAUGAAAAUCAAGCCACACAACUCGGGCGGCAGCCACCGCGUUUUCCUGCUCAUCAGCGGCUGCUGGCUGCUCUCGCUGCUGCUCGGCGGCCUGCCCAUCAUGGGCUGGAACUGCCUGCGCGGCUUCCCGCACUGCUCCACCGUGCUGCCGCUCUACCACAAGCAUUACAUCCUCUUCUGCACCAGCGUCUUCAGCAUCAUCCUGCUGGCCAUCGUGCUGCUCUACGCCCGCAUCUACCUGCUGGUGCGGUCGCGGACCCGCCGCCUCACCUUCAACCGCUACUCGGUGCGCCCCAGCCGCCACGACGAGAAGUCGCUGGCGCUGCUCAAGACGGUCAUCAUCGUGCUGAGCGGCUUCAUCGCCUGCUGGUCGCCGCUCUUCGUGCUGCUGCUCUUGGACGUGGCCUGCGAGGUGAGGGGCUGCCCGGUGCUCUACCACGCCGAGUGGUUCCUGGCGCUGGCCGUGCUCAACUCGGCCAUGAACCCCAUCAUCUACACGCUGACCAACCGUGAGAUGAGGCGCGCUUUCGGCCGGCUGCUCUGCUGCGUCUGCUGGCGCUGCAGGGAGGCGGCGGCGGCGGGCGCCGGGCCCGAGUUCAGCCGCAGCAAGUCCGACAACUCCUCGCACCAGAACAAGGACGAGUGCGGCACUCCCGAGACCCUGAUGUCGUCGGGGAAUAUCAACUCCUCGGCGUAGUGGGCUCCCCGGUGGAGUGAAGGGGGUCAUCCACCCUUCCGACGAUCAAGGCGGCGACGUCCCACGUGGGGGCAAUGUGACCUUCAUACCAAGACCCGCCCCGGGGACUGCGGUGCGGGAGUGUACUAGACCCGCCUUACUCCACCCAACCGAGCGGCAAUGCAAAUUACUCCAGACUUCUAAAAGGAGAUAAAUGCAUUUCAUGAUCAAGCGAAUGCGGCAACAAAGACUUGAUUAGCACCGAGAAUUUGCGUCGCAAGACUGUUACCGUUCGCGACUCCUGUGUCCCUAAUGCAGCUUUUCGGGGGAGUGGCGGAGAUUUUGGCGCUUCCAGAACUAUUGGAGUGCAUUUUAUGGAAGGAUUGCCAAAUUCCCAAACACUUGGCUUUACUUUGUGACUUUACUAAGAGGCCGAGUAUUUUAGAGAAGCAUUACCAGGCAUUAAAUUCUUGUCUACGAGCAGUAUUAAAACAUUGUAUCAACCGUGUUAUGUAAAAUAAGAUAAAGAGAAUAUAGUGUCAAAAUCUCGAAAAUUAAAUUUGUUACUAACGGGCCUCAUGUAUCAUUUUGAAUGUAUUUUGGAUAGUGUCACUCCACCCUUUAUUGUGAACCUAACCUCUGAUUAUUAAUUUAUUAACAUUUGUGAAACUUAAUUAGCAGUUCUCCAGAUUUAUUUGCAAAGAAUUACUAUGAAUAUUUAGGUAUUUGCCCGAACAAAAAAAGAACUAUGUCUAAAUUAUUGAACAUAUGUAAUUAGGAGUUGACACGAAGUAUUUCAAAUGCCAUGACCUGUCCGAAACUGAAUGCUGUGAUGUUCUGAAAAUACUGUAAGAAAGGCAUUCAAGUGGAAUCACACAGAAUAUAUGUAAAUACAUAUACCUUUAAAUUCAACAAA